AUGAUGUCGGAAGAACACGAAAACUAUCGAUUUCUGAGUUUCAUCAACGCGACAGUCGUGGAGGAGAUCGGAUGGAGGCUUCCGCUUCGACUCAUCUAUUCCGUCGAGACGUUUCUGUUGAUCACCAAGUGAGUCCUUGACUAUGAUGGUAUAGAUUUACAAUGCUUCUUUCAGUUUCCUCGAAUACCUCUUCAACUUGUACCUCCUGCUUCGAAUCCGCGCGAUGCACUGCAACCUCCACGUGAUGCUUCUUCUCUACGGAGGCCAGUACUUCUUCUCAAUGUUCUCCAGACUCCUCCUCGUCUAUCAUCAGUUUAUUGGAUCGGAUUCGUCAUUCACAAGCCUUAUCUAUCUGGCCAACUACACCCGCACCAUUUGUCUAUUCGUCGCAUUCAUCAUGCUUCCCUUCCUGGUUUUUGAAAGGUUAGCCUUUCUUGCUGUUCAAGUCUAACUUAUUAUCCAGAUGUUUUGCAACUUGUUUUGCGGGUACCUAUGAAAAUGACCGUCACCUUUGGAUCCCACUCCUUCUGAUUUCGGUCAUGAUGCCAGUGAGUGUGCUCUUUGCAGUGGCUUAUAUAAAAAGUGAGUUUGUACUUGUUCUUCCAGUUUCCAAGUUUACCUGUACUUUCGGUCAGAUUGGUUCCCGAUCUACGCACACUGCACCCUGCUCAUACUCCUCAACAUCGGCGGCUCCGUGCUUCUCAUCAUCGUCACAAAGUGCAACGUCCGUCUCCACAAGUACGUGCUCCGCCCUUAAAACAAAACAUCCGUCUCAUCUUAAUUGUCUUCGCUUUCAGCUCUUACUCAGCAAUUGAACACUACCGACUCUACUCGCUGAGCGAGCGCUUUCAAGUCUCGGAAAACAUUAAAACAUGCCAGUGGCUGUCGCGCAUCCAGGGCUCCAUUCUGUUCUUCAACAUCGCCUGCGCCUCCAUCCUCAUCCUCGAGUACAUUUCGAUGGAUGAAAAGUUGAUCAUAGUGGCCAACGUCUCGUUUAACAUGUUGUGCACGUUGUACGCUGCAAUCGUACCCGUUGUAGUCAUUAGUUACACCCCGGAAUGGUCGAGAGAAACACUAAGAUUGGUGAGUCGAAUCUGCAGGCUACCCCAUGCACAAUAUUCAUUUUUACAGUGGCGUAUAAUCUUCUCGAGAUCCGACGACGAGCGUCGCAACCUGCGGACUACAUUCGGCGAAGAAAUGAGCUAUUCGGACAAAAACAUCGAGUCGCAAGUGUACUUUGAUCAGCUUCAGAAGAAUCUGACGAAACAGGCGAUGCACAAGUUAAGGAACAAGAAAAGAAACUCUUCGUUUAACAACAGUGAACAGGAAAUUUUUUUGUGA